CAAGGAUCAAAUCAUAAACAAAACUGAAUUUUCCUGUACAGACUAAGUAAAGGUUGGAUGAGUCACAUUAUACGUACAAAUGCGCUCGCGUGUCGCGAAAGGAAAGCGUGUAUAAUUCUCCAAGUUAUAGGUGCGCAAAUUUGACUGUACAAACUUAUGCACUUGAUAAAUAGUACUUAUAAUUUUUUGUAACAUUAAAUUAUCCAGUAAUAGUCAAUAAAAAUAUUAGAUAUUAAAAUAAAUUAUAAAUUUUUUUCGAUGAUCUAAUACAGUAACAAUACUUUUUUAAUAAAAUAAGACAUAUAUAUUUUAUAAAAAAAUAAUAUUUAUAUGUACAUAUGCAUUUUGUGCCAGAAAUUUAGAUACUGUUUGAAGAAAAUUGCUAUUGUGGACGUCACGUUAGAAAGAUUGGGAACAACGAUAAAUAAUCGACAGCUAUGUACAAAAACAGUAUGGCUUGUCUUAGGAUGGUUUGCGUUAGUUGUAUUAAUAAAUUGUGUGCAUGCCCUACAUGUACAAUAUACUUAUCAUUAUAACAUUUUAACCGGUAUCUGUAUUUCUAUUAUGAUAAACUUUUGUUCUCAUAUUAAUUUCAUCGACGAUUUGACUAUUGCAAGUAUUCUUGGAUAUAUAGGAUUAAAGUUCGACCAAAUUAAUAUACAUAUUCAAAAUUUACCUAGCAAUAAUAAGCAAGCAAUAAAGCAAGCUUGGGAUAAUAUCUUGUUGAAUUCACCCCAAUGCACACAUUCAAAAACUCUUUGCAGUAAACGAGUAAUAUGGAUUGUAAUGCAUCUUCAUUUAGAAUUAUGUAAAUUAUCUCGUGAAAUAAGUUCAAUAUUCGGAAUACAAAUGACUAUCAAAAUGGGAUUAUAUUUUGGUUUUAUGGCGAUAAACCUGUCUGAACUUUUCAAUGUAAUAUUUAUUAAGAAUUAUGUUACAAGUCACAGCACUAAAUUACAAACCAUUGGAUAUAUUUGUAUUCAAAUAACUUGGUUUUUUCAUAAUGUUUUAAAACUUUUUUUUAUUAAUUACGUAUAUGAAAAAAUUAGCACAAAGGCAAAUGCAACAAAAAUAUUUGUGACAAGAAUAUUAUAUUCUACAUGCGACGUCGAAAUCAAUAAACAUUUAACACAAUUAUUGCUACAAAUAACUCAAUCGCCACUUAAAAUUUACGGACUUGGUUUAUUUCAAUUUGGCUACGAAUUUCUUUACGGGUUCAUAACUUCUUUUACCACAGUUUUAGUUAUAUUAAUACAGGCGCAUACAGAUAAAUAAACAUAUAUUAAGAAAUAAAGUUAAUGUACAGAUGAAAAUAUAUUUAAUAUAAGCACUAAGAAAUAAAUAAUAUAUAAUAUAUACAUGAUGCAUCUUUUCUAAAUACAAUUUUGACUACUAUACGUACUAUUAACAAUUGAUACCUUUUUCAAUAAUUACAACAAAAUAAAAGACUAAAACUUUUUACUUUUAUAUUAAAUGUUUUAUCAAACUCAUCAACUCUAUUCUCUUUUUAUUCAAUAUUAUACAAGUUUUGAUACAAGUUAUUCCUUUCAUGAAACAAUUAUUUUUAUUAACAAUAUAAUUGUUUCAUGUAACAAUUGUUUCAAUUAUGUGUUACAACGAAUAAUGUUAUUACUUCAAUACUAGAGUAACAUUUUGUAAUAAUUUUCUAUAAAUAUAUUUUUUUCAUUUAGUAUAACAUUGUGCUAGAAACUAAUUUUCCAUUAAUAUUAAUUAAUAUACAUAUACUUUCUCAUAAUUCUUGAUAAUAUAUUUUCAGGCGUGUAUUAUACAUAUAUAGUAUAAAUGUUUUAUGCGAACAUAAAACAUUAAAAAUAUAAGAAAAUUAUAAAUAAUAUUAACAUUUUUGUUAUAUAUGUAAACAAAAAUCGUCAAUAGGUCUUUUAAAUCGGCCCUUUAUUUCUUGAAAACUAACAUUACACUGUAUUAAUAAUAAUAAAAACAUGAUCUACUUAGAAAGUUAAAAAAAUAAAACAAUAAAUAAUAAAAAAUGCUGUUUUUAGUCAAAGCAGAUUUGGUGUUAAUAAUAAUUUUACAUAGGAAAGACACCAAUACUGGCACACUACUUUGUUUUUUAAUAUUUCUUAGAAACUAAAAAAUAAACUUUUAAAAUAUAAAUGUAGACGAAAAAGUCUUAUAUAAGA